UUAAAACCAACGGAUGUCUGAAGUGCUGGUAUGUUCAAGCGAGAGCGCUCAAGCACCUCAAAACGGAAAGACGUCACGCUGCUGCCUGUCAGUUUUCGUCUGCGCUCAAGUUCCGCGGCAACACAUCAAAACAUGUGUUACAUGAUGCGCUCAUUUAAAACGUAGCGUCUCCGUUGUUUUUAUUUUCUACUGUUUUUGCAAAGAGACUUUUUUACCCCCUUUCCUCCGCGGAAGCCACUGUGGGAGAUGGAGGACUGUUAUCUCGGCUGUCAGGUCUGUCAGACCUCUUUUCAGUGGGUGUCUCGCUUGAAGAAACACAUGUACUCGCAGGAACAUCGACAGAAAAUGAUAGAAGUAUUCAAAACCGAUGUGCCUACUGGUAAUGGUUUCUUUCCCCACAUUCUUUUAAAACAAGCAAUAGACAAUCGAAACCACAAGCAACCUAUCACAGGCUUGUCUUUGCUGACUCUAUGUUUCAAUAAACAGUUAGGGUCUUUAGUUUAUCUUUGCCAUAUUUGUGAGGAGACGUGCCCAUCUGACAGAAUUGUGUAUCACCUCUCGACUGGUGACCAUUGCAGCAACUACUUUAAUUACACAGACCCCAAUAUACUAAGUUAUUCCUGGCUGCCUAGCAUGGACAUGAGAGCCAUUCUAAAGCCUUUGCUCACACAAGAAAUGAAAGAAAAAGGACCUGGAACAUUACAGCUGUUGGAAUUACCUAAAAAUUUGAUGAAAAGGCUUUUAACAAGCACCUACUCUGAGGCUAUGAACACGCUCCGAGAAUAUAAUGAGCUUAGCAGACUUCUUCAAGAAGUGAAACCAAAGAGGACAGUAAUCCAAACAUACCAAAAAGACAGCAACAGGAAACACCCACUUCUGGACUUUCUCCUCCCAUUCCUUCCUUCAUCCCCUGGUUGUGGUCCUGUAGGCAUGCAGCACCUUGUGGAAUGCAUUUGUGAUGGAGCGACACAAAAGAGUUACUACCUCUGCACUCUCUGCAAACUCACUUUGGCUGCCCACAUGAUCAUCAAACAUGUCCUGAGCUUUGACCACAUCUUCUGUUACUUUAAAGAGUGGCAUCCAUCUACUUUGCUGUCCAAGGAAUGCUACAUAAAUCACGAGUCUUUUGUCUGUGAUAUACUAGAUUUUUCAAGGCAGACAGAGGAAAUUCAUGGAACUGCAAACACUGAGAUCAAGCAAGUGAUUCUGGACCCUACUGAGUAUUCAUCAGUGAAUUUUGCUUGUUAUGCUGAAGCUUUGAAGACGCUGGAAUCAAAGAGAAAUGAGAACAAACAAGGCAGCCUGAUUGUGAACAUUAAGCCUGGGCGAAAGUUGGUUUCUGUAGUACGUCUUGCCGAAGAGAGCAGUCUGCCCUACUCCAUAAUUCUGCGCUGCCAGGACUGCUCUCAGCGCUUUAACAGUAUUUACCAGUAUUUAAAUCAUUUGCCAAAGGUGAAACACAUAAUGAUGCUGCAAAAACACUUUGGUCAAGCUAAAAGAGAUUGUGGCCAACAAACAGGACAGAGACCAUAUCUGGGCCUAUACACUUACAUCCAAAACUGCUUAAAGAUAAAUGAACCGGUUAUUGGUGUCUCCCUGAUCGUGACAUGCAUCAACACUGAAAUUAAGGAAGACUGCAUCUAUGUUUGCUUUGCCUGUGAGGAUUUUUUCUCUGACUCUGCUCUCAAGCAGCACCUAGGAUCCAUUUGCCAUCUUGUAAACACAUUGCUGUACCAGAAUCCCUGGCGACUUCCUUUUGCCUGGGAAAACUCCUUGAAUGUGACAGAAUUAAAGUCACUGGCAUUGGAAGAGGAGAAGGAACAGGGACCAAAUCAUGUGAUCACCAUGAAGGUUUUUGACAUGCCACGCAUGCUAUUUUGCAGCCUCCUCCCAGCUACUUAUGAAGAAGUGAUGAAGAAGCUUCAACUCUACCACACUGUCCUAAAGGAUGCUGUUCCACGUCGAGAAACGUACAGCAAACUCAAACAGAAUGAGAGAUUCCCUCUGCUCGGCAAACAGUUUAUGGUCAUGUAUGAUGUUAGAGACGAUUACCACACCAGAAAAGAUGUUCUGUGUUUGCUCUGUGGAAGGACAUUGUCAGAAAAUGAGUUUUGUACUCAUGUGUUCAGUCGGGAACAUGUUACAGAAUUUCUGGACCGUUUUCAUCCAGGCUCACUGACGCCAGACACCGAUGCAGAGACCUUACUGGAUUUGGCAAAACAGGCAGCACAUUUUCAUUCCAUAUCAAAUGUGCAGGUAAUAAAGCUGGACAGGCCAAUCUGGGAGCCAUAUACCUACCACCAAGCAAUAAUUAUUUUAGAAUCUGCAAAACAAAGAUAUAAGAAAGGAGUGCUUGAACCCUUCUUAAAACCCAAAAUGAAACUAGUUCCUAGGGAGACUGUGAAAGAAAUGACCAAGGACCAUGGGAAAGGCAGCAGUCAGAAAAACUGCGAUGAUCAGCCAGCAACCAUCUCCAUCACCCUCAUGAAGGACUCUGAGAAUAUGACCAGUCAAAAACCUCUUUUAGCAUCAUCUGACACAGACCAUCAGGAAGCUGUUCAAUUAUAUGCGUACAUCAAGAAGAAGAACAGAGAGCCUGUGAUUGGCUUAAGUAGCCUUUAUGAAUUCCUCUGUGAUCAACAUGACCCUGUCUACUUCUGCCAAUGCUGCUCUCUGCUGGUCCUAGAGAAGAAUAUUAUAAACCAUGUUACUGGGUUUGAUCACUGGAAGAUCUACCUGACGGGCGCCCAGUCGCUGGCACCUCAACCACAGAUGAAAUCAGAAGAAAUCAGAUAUUUGGCUGAGAAUUUUGAAUCCCUUAAUGGAUAUGGAGAAGCUCAGACUGUUACACUAAAUGAAGACAUUUACAAUGAAAUCCUCAAGCAAGACUCUGAAUCAGCCCUACAGACAGUCAAGUCUUUACUGACUCAGAAUGAAAGUAGUCAUGUUGAUGUUAAAACUUCGGACACAUCCGUGUUCCUUCAGAAACAGGAAAAGGAACAGGACAUGACUGAAAACACACAGGUGGUGGAAAAGAAAUUUGAUGUUGAUUUAGAAGACAAAUUCUCUAACACUGGGACAAAUCCAACUAAUAUGCUUCCUGAUUCCACAAAAGAAAGCGCAAAAGAUUGCAUCCCUUCAAGCACAAAUGAGGAGCCACUGAAAAUAUCAAUAACAUCUCAGUCUUCACCUGCCUCCAGUAGCACUGGAGGCACCACCAAACUGACUGCAGCGAAACACAAAUCUAGCAUGAGCCCCACUUCUACAGUUCCGACCGGCAGCACUACUAAAAGCUCCAGAAGUACAGUGUCAUCAACGACUGCGACAAUAGCUGCUCCUAAGGUAACAAUAAAGUGUGAACCCCAUCGGACUUCAGCCAUGUCUGAUGGGUGUGAACACAAGACUUCACACACAGAACCACAUUCCUCUAUGACUAAGAUGAAACCAAAUGAAAACCCUCCUAAAGUUGGCUUAAACCAUCUUAUCAUGGUGUGGUGUAAAAGAAAAAAGCAAAUCUACUGCGAGUUGUGUUCGGUCAGGUUAAAAAAUUCCAAACACCCAUACAGUGAUACCCACAGAUUAAACUACGUGAAAAUGAAGUUCCCUGAGUUUAGGGCAGAGCCGUUGGAGUUGCAGAGCAAACUGGACAAUAUAGUGGCCCACUUGGCUGAGGUGGAGAAAAAUGUACAAAGGAGGAACAAGAACAUACAGGUGAACCAUGAUGUAUACAAGGAGCUGGGUGCUCUUUCAGAGGAAAAAGCUUUCGAAAAAAUAAAGACUAUGCUGAAAAAAGGGGCCUAUUGGGAGACGUCCUCCCCCACAACUGAUGCAGAGGCAUUGACACAGGGUUGUUCUGUGUCUUCCUCCAGUCCAUUUGAAAUGUCAAGCCCAGAUGAUGGACACCUGAGGUUUGGCCUGGCCUGUGCUGACUCAAGACUAUCCCAGAGCAGCCAGUUUACAACAAUUACUCUCUGCACUUCAAAGGAGCCAGAGAUAGACCUGCCACAGAAUGAAGUAUCAGGGUUUUCUUCUGACCACCAGCAAAAGCAUGAGACACACAGAGCAGGGACAUGCAUCAUUGGCGCCAGUAAUCUUUCCACAUAUUUGGCUGUGAAACAACUGGAAACCAAACCUAUCCUAGGUAUGGGCUCAGUGUGGGAGUGUCGAGGGUUUUCUCGAGAUACAUUCUAUUUGUGCCAGAACUGCAGGAUGACUCUCUCCGUCAGUGACAUCUGUGGGCAUAUGGUCAGCUCUGAUCACCAAAUCAAUUGCAUGAAGGUAGAUUAUCCUCGGUUUUUGUAUUUCAUGGACUUGGACAAUGUGCCUGAAAACGAAAAACGCAACAUUUUAGAAGUCAUUGGAACAAUGUUCUCAGCACAGGAGCGUUCCAAGAAAAUUGACGCGCAGGUUGUGAUGCUCACACCUGAAGGGUAUGAAAGUGUUCAGGCAGCUCCAUUCAGUGAAGCUUUAGAAAUGCUGCAAAACAUGAAAGGACAGAAACCAAGGGUCUUGGGUCAUUCUGUCAGUACUUCACAGCAAAAGGAACCUGAGAACCAGCAGAGUGCAGAAGAAUGUCAUCAAAAAGAGACAAAUGCAGCACUGAAACACACAGACUACCAGCACGACAAUGAAGCAAGAACCCAACCACAGAAGUGUUAUUUGGACAAGACUGUGGUAGUUGGAGGUACAGAUGAGAUGAGCAGUGUCCUCUCAAAUGAUGUUUCAACUGAGACUUUCAGGAAUCUUUCUGUACAACCAGAACUCUCACUAUCAGCCCCUCAGCACCAAAUACCUGUCCCUAAGUUGCAAGAGCAUGAAGCAGAAGUUCACUCUGAGUCUCCAUCCUUCUCUGAUAGUCAGCACCAAACAUCACAAACCCAAACAGUGUCUCCUAGUGACACGUGUUGUCAAGGCAAGAAACGUCCAGCUCCUCCAUCUGUUGAAACACAUUACACCACUAACCCACACCUCAAAGAUCCUCGACAAGCCAAACAUGCACGUAGUUCACUGGAACACAUCAGUCAGUGCAUUCCUGAAUCAGCCGUGGAAUCAGCUUCCUUUAAUGUUGCUUCAACGUCUACACUGUUGUCUCCUGAAGACAAAGGCACAGAACAUGACAUGACUGAAUACUAUAAACUAUGGGAACUUGUUAAUCAGGCAAAGCAAAAUAAGGUUAUUGCUCCCUCUUCUAACAGUUCAUCUGAAAUGAAUGUGGUACAGAGGUUGGAUUCAAAGUGUGCUGAUACUGAUUAUAGGGUAAAAACAAAUUUACCUGCUUCUAAAACAUUGGAAAGCACAUUCCCUGUACCAUCUGUGUAUGAUUCCACCCCUGAUCCACACGCCAGCAACUCGUCUCUUGAGACCACGACGACAAUCAACCCUUCUGCCAGCUCUGCAGACCCCUCUGACCUACAACACCAGAGCAGCACGUCUAAUGAAUGUGAGAAAGUGAGCCACCUCCAGCCUGGUUCAAUCCAGUCCACAGCCACCAUCCCCAACACAUGGCAGGCUUUACAGUUGCAGUGCAACCCAGAAAGUACAAACACUGGGUUUUGUCAGAUGCCUAUUAACCCAAUCAUAACUGCCAGGCCACAGCCCAUCAGGAAGAUGCAAUUACUUACUAUAACAAAUUCCUUUGGCACUGUGGCAGCUUUAGAGGCGUACAGUCAAUACAGUCAAAGUGCAUAUGCAGAACAUGGUCUUUCAUCUUAUCCUCUUCCACAGGCUGGUGCAGGUUACAUCACACCACACAAUCCUUUUGUUUAUGCAGGCCCUUUAUACCACAGUCAGUAUUACCCGGUAGAGGUGCCCCAUAUGGGCGAGCUUAGCAGCUACCAUGGCCAGGAAAUGGGUGAGUCUCAAAAUGCACCGGCAGCCGCUUCUGGUGAUGCAGCAGCAGUACUCCCCUUCAGCCAACAUAACCCGUCCUGCUGGAGAUAAAAAGGUGACAGCACACCAAGGUUUUGAAAACAUUGUUUCAGUCGACCUGUGUUUUUUCAUUAUCUUCGUACAACAGGCACAUCAUGUUCCAGUGUGCUGCUGUAUGAAUAUUUUUCAUUUACAAUAGGACCUGGAAACGGCACAGUAUAAAGGUUUAGAAAUGGAAAUCAACGCUGUAUAUGUAGAGGUUUUGUUGCCACAAGCUAAUGGUUUUUAAUGUUUUCAGCUAUUUUUUGGCACUUUAAUAUAACACUUUGUUUAUUCUUAAGUGUUUUGUAAAAUUGAAACAUUGGUUUUAUUGUUUGCACUAUGAGUUGCAUUUUUGUGAAGUUGUGAAAAUGACCAUCUGAUUGUUGGAAAUAUUAAUAUAUAUGAUUUCAGUUGUUCCACUUUGAUGCAUUGACUCUUCAGUCUAAGUGAAAAGAAAUAAACAAAAUGCAUGAAAUCACAACAAAACAUCUAAUGCAGGUGUUGAAAAAAAUAUUCUUGAUGGUAUUAACUAUAUGUUUUUAAACAUGAUGAGAGAAAGUCUAGAGUUGUG